GGUAAGUUGUUUUGUUUUUACUCGAUAGCUGUUGAUUUUAAUGUUAGGCUUAAGCUUCAAUAGCCAAGGAUCAAAUGGCAUCUGAAUUCUGAAAAUUGUUUUUAAUUCAAAUUUAUUGAUAAUUUUGAAGUAUGUUGCAACUAAAAGAUUAUGGUGAUAGUAGUGAUGAAGACGAAUCAUCUAAGAACAAAUUGCAUGCUACUACAUCUACAGACGCAGAUACAAAAAUUAGUAUACAAGAUUUAAGUAAAAAGUUUGCAAUAAAUGCUGCACCAGAUGUGUUACCUCCUGCCCAUGAUACUUCAGUACAAUAUCUAGACGUCGAUACAAAAGAAAUUACAAGAAACAUGAAAUAUGAAGAACUGUUUACGCCAAUUGCUGGUCCAGAAAAUCCGUUUAAAACACAACAACAAAAAGCAGCUAAAAACAUGAUGACUGGGUUUGUAGAAAAAGCACACAUUAGUGAUUUCAUGUUUGAAACUCAAAGAAGAACGUUUCAUAGUUAUGGGUAUGCAUUGGAUCCUACUGUGGAUUCAAAUGAAAUUAUUGGUCGUAAACCUGAAGGAGAUGAUUUCAAGACAGUCUUUGAAUCUGUACCAAAAAGGCCGGCUGACAAAAGAAAAAGACUUAAAAAUGAUAACCCUGAAGAUAUUGAAGGAUAUCUUGGGCCAUGGGGAUCUUUUGUCGAUGAAAAAAAAAUUGCAAAGCCAGAAGGUGAAGAUGCAGCUGCCAUUGAAGAAUUUCUUGCAAAAAAACAAAAGCGUGGUAAAAAAGUGGAAGAUAAAAGUUUCAAAGAAAAGUCUAUUCUUCAUAUUAAAGAUCCUAUAGAUUACCAAGGAAGGUCAUUCUUGCAUAUACCUCAAGACGUAGGUGUUAAUCUUAAAUCAAAUGUGCCACCGGACAGAUGUUUUCUUCCUAAAGCACAUAUUCACACCUGGCAGGGCCACACGAAGGGUAUAUCAGCCAUACGAUGGUUUCCACGUUCUGCCCAUCUCCUUAUGUCUUGUAGUAUGGAUUGUAAAGUUAAAUUAUGGGACGUUUAUAGAGAUAGAAAAUGUAUAAGAACCUAUAUAGGUCAUACACAAGCAGUUAGAGACACCUGCUUCAAUAAUAAAGGAACUAAAUUUUUAUCAGCAGCAUAUGAUCGUUAUGUUAAACUAUGGGACACCGAGACUGGAGAUUGUAUAAAAAGCUUUACAAAUCAUAAAGUGUUAUAUUGUGUGAAAUUCAACCCUGAUGAAGAAAAACAACAUUUAUUUGUUGCUGGAACCGCUGAUAAAAAAAUUGUUUGUUGGGACACAAGAUCUGGAAAUAUUGUUCAAGAGUAUGAGCGACAUUUAGGAGCUGUAAACAGUAUAACAUUUGUUGAUGAAAACAGACGAUUUGUUACAACAUCUGACGAUAAAAGUCUUCGAGUUUGGGAAUGGGACAUUCCAGUUGAUAUGAAAUAUAUAGCCGAUCCAACAAUGCAUUCUAUGCCUAGUGUAACUCUUGCUCCAAAUAAGAAAUGGUUAGCUUGCCAGAGUAUGGAUAACAAGGUGGUCAUAUUCUCUGCUAUGAACCGUUUCAAAGUAAAUCGGAAAAAGAGUUUUUCUGGUCAUAUGGUAGCAGGAUACGCUUGUUCAUUAGAUUUCUCGCCUGAUAUGAGCUAUUUAGUUUCGGGUGACGCAGAUGGCAAAGUAUUUGUAUGGGAUUGGAAAACCAGUAGGUUAUACACAAAAUGGAAAGCGCAUGACAAUGUAUGCAUAGCAGCGUUAUGGCAUCCACAUGAACCUAGCAAAGUCGCAACUGCUGGAUGGGACGGGCUAAUAAAAUAUUGGGAUUAAACAUGCAUACCUAUUGUGACUUUUAUUUUUUGUUUAUGAGUUUAUAGCUUCAAUGUUAUGAAUUAAUGGUACAAGUAAUGUUAUUAGUAUUUUAUUUGUGUAUUAAAUGACAAACAUCAAAUAAAGAGUAUGUAAUUAUCCAAUGACACCUUAACAUUACGAAUUUUAGUAUGACUUAAUGAAACAGAAAAUAUGUUUGUUUUUUUUAUGUAUGUAAAUUGUAAAUAAAAAUUUAUAAUUGUAAUUUCUUAAUGUUUCAAACUUAUUUCAAUACUCACUUUAGACUAUUUUUAUUAAAA